AGGAGGAGCAGGGAUGCGGCUAAGGGCAGAGUCCGCGAGGGCCUGGCUGUGGGGGAAUGAAGCCUCCGCCUUCUCGGGCAGGAGCCUUUAAAUACGGGCUCGGGCCCGGGACUCUGGGUGCAGUGCUUGGCAGCCUGAGGGAGGGGCGUGCGGUGAGGGGAGGUCGGGCGGAGCAGGGCGAGAGUGCAGAAGCUGCGGCAGCGCGGCCCAUAGUAAGGAGCUGUCCGAGCCUUCGGGAGAGGAGCGGCCCCUGCGCUCGGUGUCUGGAAGUAGUUCAAUCAUGUUUGAAAUUAAGAAGAUUUGUUGCAUUGGUGCGGGCUAUGUUGGAGGACCUACAUGUAGUGUCAUUGCUCAUAUGUGCCCUGAAAUCAGGGUAACAGUCGUUGACGUCAAUGAAUCAAGAAUCAAUGCGUGGAACUCUCCUACGCUCCCUAUUUAUGAGCCAGGACUAAAAGAAGUGGUAGAAUCCUGCCGAGGAAAAAAUCUUUUUUUUUCUACCAAUAUUGAUGAUGCCAUUAAAGAAGCUGAUCUUGUAUUUAUUUCUGUGAACACUCCAACCAAAACCUAUGGAAUGGGGAAAGGCCGCGCGGCAGAUCUGAAGUAUAUUGAGGCCUGUGCCAGACGCAUUGUGCAAAACUCACAUGGGUACAAAAUUGUGACUGAGAAAAGCACAGUUCCAGUGCGGGCAGCAGAAAGUAUUCGUCGAAUAUUUGAUGCAAACACAAAACCUAACUUGAAUUUACAGGUACUGUCCAACCCUGAGUUCUUGGCGGAAGGAACAGCCAUCAAGGACCUGAAGAACCCAGACAGAGUACUGAUUGGAGGGGAUGAAACGCCAGAGGGCCAGAGAGCUGUGCAGGCACUGUGUGCUGUGUAUGAGCACUGGGUUCCCAGAGAAAAGAUCCUCACCACUAAUACUUGGUCUUCAGAACUUUCCAAACUGGCUGCAAAUGCUUUUCUUGCCCAGCGGAUCAGCAGCAUUAAUUCUAUAAGUGCCCUCUGUGAAGCAACAGGGGCUGAUGUGGAAGAGGUGGCAACAGCCAUUGGAAUGGACCAGAGAAUUGGAAAUAAGUUUCUGAAAGCCAGUGUUGGUUUUGGAGGAAGCUGCUUUCAGAAAGAUGUUCUGAAUUUGGUUUAUCUCUGUGAGGCCCUGAAUUUGCCUGAAGUCGCUCGGUAUUGGCAGCAGGUCAUAGAUAUGAAUGACUACCAGAGAAGGAGGUUUGCUUCCCGGAUUAUCGAUAGUCUGUUUAAUACAGUAACUGAUAAGAAGAUAGCUAUCUUGGGAUUUGCAUUCAAAAAGGACACCGGUGAUACGAGAGAAUCCUCUAGUAUAUAUAUCAGCAAAUAUUUGAUGGAUGAAGGUGCACAUCUCCAUAUAUAUGAUCCAAAAGUACCAAGGGAACAAAUAGUUGUGGAUCUUUCUCACCCUGGAGUUUCAGAGGAUGACCAAGUGUCCCGUCUCGUGACCAUUUCCAAGGAUCCAUAUGAAGCAUGUGAUGGUGCCCAUGCUGUGGUUAUUUGCACCGAAUGGGACAUGUUUAAGGAACUGGAUUAUGAACGCAUUCAUAAAAAAAUGCUGAAGCCAGCCUUUAUCUUUGAUGGACGACGUGUCUUGGAUGGGCUCCACAAUGAACUACAAACCAUUGGCUUCCAGAUUGAAACAAUUGGAAAAAAGGUGUCUUCAAAGAGAAUUCCAUAUGCGGCUUCGGGGGAAAUUCCAAAGUUUAGCCUUCAGGAUCCACCAAACAAGAAACCCAGAGUAUAGACAUUGCCAUUUUCAUUUGUAAUUUUUUUGGUACUUUAGGAUAGCAGAUAUCUAUCUGAUAUUAAAUGGUAAAUGAACCAAGUGUUUUUAAGGAAACGAAACUAUUUUUUUAAUAAUCAAAUUUAUACUAGCUACAUGGGAAUUAGCAUAUCUGGUAUUAUGAAUCUAGAAUAUUUUUUACAUAUUUUUGUAAUAUCGUUACCUCAGUGAUUGGAUGAGUAGUAAAUAAUCAUGUUGGUUUUAAUGGUGUCGAUUUUUGUAAAAUACAGAUUAAACCUCAAACACUUUUUACCUUACAAAAUGUCCAUAGGCAGCACUUUAAUAUCACAUUGUACACUGUUCAGUUUUUCUAAUCAUUGGUUUAUUUACUUGUCAUUAAAUAUAUAUUUUAAACCAUGAAA